AUGAACUGCCAGAUCUCGAUGCACAAUAAGCAGCCAUAUCUGCUUGCGGCGUGGUGGCGGCUGCAUGCAACCGCAUCGGAGCUGCAAGAUCUGGGAUGGCAACGUAUUGACCACAACGGGCGUCCAAUACGGGCUGGCGUCUGUCCUGUCGGCAGCCAUUGUACUGCAACAAUGAAGCUGUUCGAGAAAAAGGUGAUUGGCGCAUUGUGUGUGCCCUCGCCCUCAGUUGACUACGAAAGCCUGGGAUGUUUCAAGCCGAUUUACCCAGAACACGUGCUGAACAGCAUUUCUAAGCAUCCAGGGCAUGCAGGCCAUGUUCAGCAGACGGUGAUACCGUCAAGGGUGUCGUGA